GUGUCUUUUUAGUUAGCCCAGCCGGCCCACCCAGCAUCCCAUUACUCGACGGAGUGCUUACGUUUUGUGUGCGAGAAGAACGCCCUCCCCAGUGAACGCCUGCAAACGCCAGGUUCCGGUUCCGGUGCCACACGGAAUUUGCCGCUACGCCGCCUACUAUAAAAAACCCUUAACCCUUAACCUGUCCUUCAAACCGAGCAGCUGGCGGCCAGCUGGAAAUCCGACGCAGAGAUGAGUGCGUGGUGUUGUUGAGCUCAGAGAAGUGUAGACGCACAGAAACCCUUUCGACGCCGUGGGAAAGCCAAAUUCACCGUGUGCCGCAACGAUGGAAGUAACCGAACCGGGUUCCUUGUGCAAUCGUAGCCACCGCCUCCGCUUCAGCCGCAGCUAGCUCCGUCCACCUUUGGCCGUCGGCUCGGCAGGUGAACGAGGUAGUCGAGUGAGCCCGGAAGAGACGAGAAGGGAAGGACGCACCGCGACGGCGGUGACGGCGGCGACGACCACGAAGACGAAGACGACGACGACGAAGACGAAGACUACGAGAAGCAAGGAUCGGAGCACGGAGCGAAGCAAACCACCCGGCGGCGUGCGUGCCCGAAUGAAUGUGGGUGUGUGUAACGCGGAAAUGUGUAUGUUCGUUGCGUAAAAAGUGAAUGUCUGUGUGGAUGUAUGUGUGCGUGCCUGUGUCUGUGUGUAUGUCUCUAGUGGUUCACAUUUUGUGGCAGUGUGCGUGAAAAUUGCGUGUGGAGAGUUGUAGAGUGCGCGAAGAGUAGGCGAAUGCUGCGGGAGUCAACAACAAUCGCAAAGCAUAUCUGAAAUCGAAGACCGCCAAGCUGGCCUGGCCCAACGGCGCAAGGAUACCGAGGAGUGAAACGAGCACCACAGGAGCCGCAGGAGGAGCAGAAGCAUCGAGCCAACGGGUUGUUUUGUUUGUUCGGAAUUACUCAUCGACGUUCUUUUGCUGAUCGCUCCAGACGGAAACGGAAGCCGGAACGGAAGAAAUAAAAAUAUCGUCACCGAAGAGCGCGCGUCUGUCACAACCGGGAAAAUGGUGAAGGAGAAACCCAACUCCACCAGAAUCUACGAUAAGGAAGGCUACCGCCGCAGAGCAGCGUGCAUAUGUGUGCGAUCAGAGGCCGAAGCGGAAGUUUUAUUAGUCACGUCGUCCAGACGACCGGAAUUAUGGAUUGUUCCGGGCGGUGGCGUUGAGCCGGAAGAGGAAGCUUCGUUGACGGCUGCCAGAGAGGUCUUGGAGGAAGCCGGAGUCAUGGGUGACCUUGGCCGUUGUCUUGGUAUUUUUGAGAACAGCGAGCACAUGCACCGUACGGAAGUGUUCGUAAUGGUCGUUACGCAGGAACUGGAAGAGUGGGAAGAUUCGAAAACAAUCGGCCGCAAACGCCAGUGGUUUUCGAUCGAGGAAGCAUUAUCCCAGCUGGCGCUUCACAAGCCGACCCAGCGAACAUACCUGCAGCAGCUGCGUCACUCGAAGCACCGUUGUCCCAAUUCUGCACCACCAAUUAUCUCCGAGCACGGCGAUGACGGGGCUACGCUUGAAACGACCACCGAUGCGACGGCUGAGGAACCGGCCACAUCCACGACACCGAUGGCAAAUAACAGCGGCGAAACCGAAGUCGUGGCCACCGGUGACCAGGAAGAGCAGCAGGCAUCGUCAUCAUCGCCAACACCCGCCGAGGGUGAUGCGGAACCCACCACAGCACCGUCACCUCCACCGACUCCAACCACUUAAGUCCAAUCUAAUGAUCAGCCGGAGAAGAGAAAACCUUUCGUAGGCACUCGUUUUAUUUCUUCAUAUUUUUCCGUUUAAGAUUUUUCUAUAACCAAGUUUCCAGCAGUGUUUUCUGUUUUCCACAUCACCAACGCUAAAAAAAAGAUGAAGCAGUUAAUUUGAUUAUCUCGAAUACCAUGGACAGCUUUUGUGGUUUGUCGUCAAUAUUUGUGGUUAGGAUUUAACAGGCAUGCAAUCGUCAAAGCGCGUCAACUGAUCCUCCUUUGUUUCGGAUACCGCUGAGGUGUGGCAUUAGGUGCUCCAAAAUGUUGAAAAUGUUAAGAUGCAAUAUCCCUUCUAACAUGCAAUACAGUGGAAUUUGCUUCUAUUUUUCGUCUUGAUUGAACGUAAGAAACAAAGAUUGAAACAAAAUUGCCUUCUGAAUUAUGUUAAAUCGACUUCGUUUAAAAUGUUUUUCUAUUCCCUCUUUGGGGGUUUCUAGCGCCAGAAGUAUAGUUUGGUACGAGAUUAUUAAAUCACAACAUCGUUUACUUGGAAGGCUUUCAUCGUAAGCGCCACACGGCGAAGAACGAUAGGAGGGCACAUAGUUAACGGUUAACAGCAGCAUGCGACCACUGCGAUAUUAACUAAUCCACACAUAAACUGAAACACUCAAAAGCAUGCACUUUUUGGAUCUUAAACUAUAAUCCUCACGCUCUCCAAGAUAUUGCUGAUUUUGCGAACCAUGAGCUUACGAAAUCUUACAGAGUAGAGACAGCACCUGCACUCGAGGCUAGGUGUAUUUCUGUCCCGUAAUAGUAAUUGAUUGAGGCCCGUCGCAAAUGUAUGAAGUGCCACAAACUACUCGGCAAAAUCCAGUUGACAACAGAAAUAUGUUCCCAAAAAAUUGAACAUUUCUGCUUAAUCUCCAAACUUUACACCGGAACGUGACGUAGACGACACAAUGGCGAACAAUUAUGAUUGGAAAAGAAAAUUACGAAACCACUUCCUCAAAAAGAAGAGCAACAACUUACGGAACACUGAAACUAUAAUUAAUGCAUGACUCGCAGUAGGUUGCAAUCGAUGACUUUGCUUCGAUGUCAAAUGAUGGUUUUAUGUUGGCAAAAUGGGAACAUCAUUAUUUAAGAAAAUCUUCUAACUGAAAAGUUUCCGAACUGCACGGACAAUAUUAGUAGCAGUCAAACAACUGGCAGAAAACUUCAUGCAGCUGGAAUCGAAAACGUGAUGAAUGAGUUAAUUUUGCUAAAUUAUACCUUUAAAUACUUAUACUUAUGAUACUUUAUUAUAAUUUAUUGAUAUACACACUACGUCUAGUGACUGUCCGAAACUCAGCAAAACUGUAAACGACGAAAGACGAAAAAUGGAGAAGGGAAAUGUUAUCAUAUGCAAAAGACGCGCGCAAUAACAUAGAUAAAGAUUUUUGUUCCACGCGGCUACAAUGCUCAACGCGAGCGACAUGAAAAUUCACCACAAAACUCUGUACAUGAACUGAAAAACAUAUGAAGGACGGACGCGUGUUUCAAAGCGGUACUGGCGAAUAAAUUACAGCCCCUCGUUUAAAACGUUCGGAACCCAUUCGGAAACAGUGUGACUUCCCCGCGAACGGUUCUUUGCUUAACCGGGACGAUCGA